UACAGUCUAGUGGUGCGUUUAUAAUCCUCCUACAAUCAGGAGCUAGUUGCGCAGCCACAACGUGCGCACGCACAUCGUCUUCUUGGACUUGGGCACACGAAGAAAGGAUUUGCAUUUUCACUUUGCCGACGCGAUCACUUCAGUCAGUACGCUACCGACUGUCGAAGCUAGCGGACGCGGAACUUCCUUUCCUGCGCGGGUUCAGUACAGUUUCAGUCCUGGGAAGAAGGGCAAAAAGCAUUCGGGGUGUGAUAGUGCGAUAAUAGAUUUUUGUGAAGAGAUUUUUGAAGAAAAAAAUAGUGAAUUGGGUUAACAAAGUCUAAUAAGUGUUUGGAGAUUUGAGUGAAAACUAGACGAAAAUCAGAAGUUUGAUAUCGAAAAGAGGAUCUGAAUAAAAGUGCCAUAAAUAAUAUCAAAGGAAAAAAGGUGAAAUUAUGAUCAGCAAAAGGAUCAGAAGAAAAAUAUAAAUCGGAAACAAAGUGGAACAAACGAAGAUUCGAAAAAAAGUGAUCGUGAUUGACAGCAAAUCGAACGACAUCGGAUCCGAAGAGAAUAAAAAGUAAAUCAAUAAAAAAUCGCAUCACCGAAGAAAGUAACCCUACAAAAGUGCACAUUCUCAAGCAUUGUAGAUCAAAUUCGGAACAAACGAAACCGCCACCGCCGAGCAUUUUUUUUUUUGGGAAGUGAUUGUCCCCGCUGCACAGAAGUGGUGAACCGCACACCAGACAAUAAAGAUUAAUCGUCGACGGCUGAGAUUGGAUUGGAUUAUAUAUACACAGAGACGAGUGACGACAAACAACAACGAAACGGAUCACUGGUUUACCUUUUCGUGGUGUUUAGCAGCCGUUUGGGAAAGGUUUCAACAGGAUUCAACCAAAGCAAUGUUCUUAGGCCAACAGCGACCAUCGCCGUCAUCGCCAUCAAUAACGCCCAGUGCAGCCGUCCUCCUGUAAUGCAUCCAAUAAAGCUCUUAUUUAGGUGACAGGUCAGCCGGGAAUGGGCCAAGUGAAAUAAAUGUCGAACCUCGCGUACUACUAAUGGAAGAGUGCAAUUGAUUCCAGUCAGAAUAAAGUGUACAACAAUAUUGUGUCGAAGAGAAAGAGUGCAAUCAGUGCUAUAUCGGCGAAAAAAAAAUGGCGCCCAACCUGACUACGGUUUCCCUAGCAACACUGUUGUGGCUACUGACAGUUAUGUUCAUCGAACAGUUCGAACCGGUUGCAGCGUACAAGAUUAUGGGCGAUCCGGACAUGAUACGAAUAAAUCUCGGAACGAAGAAACUCGUCAAGGAAACGGUGCCGCUGAACUCGAAGCUGCAAAUCAAGUGCAAUUUUGAAGCCCCAUCGUGGUACAAAAAUGGCGAACCAACUACGAGCGAUGCGAAACGAGGAAAAUCACUCAAAUUCUACCCCGUAAAGAAAACGGACGCCGGCUACUACUCGUGCGGAUCGGAAUACGGCGAGUGGUCCAACCUUACCCUGUCGGUAAUCAGCCAACACGAGGCGUCCGAUCACUACCAAAACGACUCGCCCGGUAGUGGUCUCGGCCCCGCGAGCUCCACGCUCACUCGCAUGGCUAAUCUGGAAAAGAAGAGCCUACUUCCGGCACUGCCACUUUCGCAGCCAUCGCCGAGUCCGGCAGCUCCACUGGAUGUGGUAAACAACGAUCUCACCGACAGUUCGUUCCCAACCGUCAGUGGUGGGAGCAUGGUUACCGUAACCAAGCAGGUUGGCGAAAACUAUAAGCUGAGAUGCAAUGGGACGGCCGAGCCGAACUCUCAGAUCAGUUGGAUUAAGGACGGCGAAGUCGUAUCGAAUACCAAGAAUCGUCCAAAUUUGAUGCUACAUUCGUUGAUUGUCGAUGACGCAGGAGUCUACAUCUGUCGGGUUUGCCAUGCACAGGGUUGUGUGAAUUCUACGACGAUCUUGGAAGUGAUCGACGAUCCGAAGGAAUCAUACAUCCACUACAAAAACAUGGAAAUUCAUUCGCAAGUGUCGGACGAUGAAGAACCGGACGAUCCGGACUACGUAGAUGAUGAGCAUGAUGACUACGAGGACGCGGAAGAGGAUGAGGAAAUUGAUGAAGAGAUCUCGGCCACGGGUUCGCAACAGGGCAGUGCGGACGGCGAGUUUACCGAAAGCCAAUCUGCUCCACCGAGGGCCAAUGGACAACUUCCUCCCGGACCACCCGUCUUCACCAAGGAAGAACACAUGGUGAAGCUGAUGCCGAAGCCUUCCGGAAACAUGGUGCGGCUUCGCUGUCCAGCCGAUGGCAACCCGGUGCCGAACAUCACCUGGACGAAGGAUGACGAAAAGAUCGUACGCAGCAUGGGAUCGGUCAAGUACGCCAAGUGGUCGAUCGUGCUGGAAGAUUUGGUCCCCAAGGAUUCCGGAAAGUAUACGUGUCACGUGUGCAACAGCCAUGGGUGUAUCAACUUCACCACUAAACUGGAAGUGAAAGAUCGCUUUCCUGCGCGUCCGUAUAUCAAGGAGGGCUUUCUGCACAAUGUUACCGUACUGGUGAACUCUACCGCAACCCUAGAAUGUCGUACGAUAUCGGACCUUGAGCCGCACAUAGAGUGGAUCAAGUUUCACAUUGUCGACAACACCAAUCCGAACAUCCCCGAGAAUAUUACCAAACUAGAGCGAGACUCGGAUAACCCAGAGGUACUUACCCUUGAAAAUGUGACCUACGCCGAUGAAGGAUGGUACACGUGCGUCGCGGCCAACACUCUGGGAGCAUCGUACGAAAGUGCGUAUCUACGAGUGGUCGACGAAUUCUUGGUGGAUCCUCCGAUAGUGCAUCCCGUGCGGCCACACUCAACACUGAUAACAAUCAUGACCACGGUUCUGUCGGGCUGCUUCAUGAUCCUGGCGGUCAUUGUGGUUAUCGUUUGCAAGAAACUCAAGCGAGAAAAGAUGAAGCACCGUGCCAUGGAGCACGUCAACCAGUGGACCAAGAAGGUCAUUGUGCUGAAACAACCGGUCAUAGAGAACAGCAUCCCGGGGGUGACAGAGUCCAUGCAAAUGCCAAUCGUUCGGAUCGAGAAGCAAAGAUCAACGCUGGUGCAGAGCGGAAACUGUGAUCCGACAAUGAUCUCCGAGUACGAGUUCCCGAUAGAUCUGAACUGGGAGUUCCCAAGGAGCAAGCUGGUUCUUGGCAAGAGUCUCGGUGAAGGUGCCUUCGGAAAAGUCGUAAUGGCCGAGGCGAACGGUUUGGUGAAAGGACAAGCUUCCACGGUCGUUGCGGUUAAGAUGCUGAAAGAGGGUCACACUGACGCCGAUGUAAAGGACCUGGUUUGCGAGAUGGAAGUUAUGAAGAUGAUCGGCAAACACGUCAACAUCAUCAACCUGCUCGGGUGUUGCUGCAAAGACGGUCCGCUGUACGUGAUCGUGGAGUACGCUCCACACGGCAACCUGAAAGACUUCCUGCGGAGUCAUCGCUUCGGUACGGCCAACUACGAGGACAUGAUCAGCGGCGAGAAGGAGAAGAAGAUCCUCACCCAGAAGGAGCUGAUCUCGUUUGCGUACCAAAUUGCCCGUGGAAUGGAACACUUGGCAUCGAGAAGGUGUAUUCACCGGGACUUGGCGGCACGUAAUGUGCUGGUUAGCGAUGGUUAUGUGAUGAAGAUCGCCGAUUUCGGUUUGGCACGAGAUAUUCACAGCCAAGAGUACUACCGCAAAACGACAACUGGCAAAUUGCCGAUCCGAUGGAUGGCGCCAGAGUCGCUGGAGGAGAAAUUCUACGAUUCUCAGAGUGAUGUGUGGUCAUUUGGGGUGCUGCUCUGGGAAAUCAUGACUCUGGGUGGUAACCCUUACUCCUCCAUUCCCACUUGGGAUAAUCUUCUGGAGCAUCUUAAGAAAGGCAAACGACUGGAGCAACCGCCUCUAUGUUCCAUAGAUAUAUAUCUAUUCAUGCGCGAAUGCUGGCACUAUCGGCCGGAGGAACGACCCACCUUCAGUGAGAUCGUUCAACACCUGGACCGGCUAGUGAGCAUAACCUCCAACGAGGAAUAUCUAGAUCUCGGAUUGCCACUGCUGGAAACUCCACCGUCCAGCGAUGACGAAUCGGAGGACAACGACAACGACGGCUGCGAACGGGUGCGGAUGUAUCCCUUCAACCAUCACAGUCAUACCACCGAAAGUACCUUUUAACUAAUGAGACGUUUAAAAGUAGUUUAAACGAAAAAAAGAAACUCCGCACACGAUCUAAAACAAAUCAGACGUCCCAAGGCUCUGUGAGCAGUAGAUGUUAGGAAUGUGUAAAGAUUAUGAUCGAAUUUAUCGCUAGAACGAAUGCAUUGCGUCUGUCCGAGAGUGAGUCCGUGCCUAUUUGUUUAGUUAUUGCUAAGAUCGAAGAAGAAAAAACAUAAGACUGUAUUUAUUAACAUUAUCUAGAAACCGAACUUUCCCUCCUAACCUCAACGAACAACUAACCAAAAAGCGAAAGCGCAAUGCAACUCCAUCGAGAAAAGAGAGGGAAGCUAAACUAGUCAGGAGAUCCCGUAUCCAUGACGUGAAGGUUCAACGGCCAUACAAAACUGUGUCCAUAUUUUGCAAUCAUGACAUUUGUACAUAGAGACUUGCAAUGUUUAAUCUUAAAAACCAUUUAAGAUGUAAUUACUGCUAAUCAAGACCAAAGUGUAUCGAAUCAAAUAUUUAAUGUGAGUGUCAACGGAACGAAUAACACAAUACUCAUCAAACUCCCGCAAUCCAGAAUCCUAUCCUAACUUUAACCAAGUGGUAGAUUAAACGAACCGUUCUACUAGGCUAAAUCAUCGAGAGAAACAUGACAGCUGCAAUAUUUAGUGUAACGACUGUGAAGAUUAUUUGCACUUCAAAUGAGUUUGUACAUACAUGCGUGUGAGUAUGAUAGGAAAUUUUGAACAGUAUACACGAUCUAAGGCGAAAUGUGUCGAAUUAGAUAAGCAACGCAAACAAAAAGAAACCAUACAUGGAUUAAUCACAAAUACAACAUUUACUUCAUCACCGAAUAUUCAUCACGAAUCUAAAUAAAACAAACAGUAAUUAUAGAUGUAUAUGGUUAAAUGUAAAAAUGCAAUAAAACAGUACAAAUUAA